AUGUAUCUUACGUGUACAUUUAUACAGUAUAUUCGGAGACAUAGAAGAAAGUCCAGUAAAACUGGGCCAUGUGCUUCCCAGGUCUUGCAGCUCCUGCUGGUAUGCACCACGACUGCAGAGGUGACCCUGGGCGAUCGCUUGUUCGAGGGCGCCCUCAAAUACGCCAACCAGAGCCUGCACGGCCGCUUCAUCAGCCAGAUGGUUGAUGGCUCACUGCCACAAGCGGCCUUCGACUACUACCUGAAGCAGGACAACCUUUACCUCUCCAAGUACGCCCGCGCCUUCGGAGUUCUGGGUGCCAAGGCGGCGGGCACCAAGGAGCUGGCUUGGUUGCUGAACCAAUCAGUGGGUUUCCUGCACGAGCACGGCAAGAAAGCCAACAGCGAGCUCCAGGAAAGCACUUUCGAAAAGGAAGCCUCGGCGACCACGAUUGCCUAUACUUCCUUCAUCCUGGAAUCAGUCUGGGGCGAUGACAUGAUCAUGGGAUAUGCUUCCGUCCUCCCAUGCCAGCGACUCUACGACUGGCUCUUUGCAACACUGAAUCGCACAAGGCACAUUGCAGAGGACAAUCCUUACAAGAAGUUCAUCGAGCAGUACGCUGCUCCCAUCAACCAUGCGAUCACUCUGAAGAUGGAAUCCUUUCUGGAGCAGUAUGCCGCGCAUGGCUUAUCCGACGAGUGGCUUGCGCGAGCACAGUUCCAUUACGACACGGCCAUGAAGUACGAGUCUCAGUUCUUCGACCAGGCGAUAAAGCAUUGUGAAGAGAACGGCUGCGAGCCGGCGACUCCAAUUCGGGCACUGGCCGAGGUACCCGUCUCGAUCCAGCAAGCCGCAGAAAAUUCGCGCUGGUCUGCAGUUGGCCUGCUGCCUGUCGGAAAUAGAGGCGCUUCUGUGAUGGCACUCCAUGGCAGCGACAGGCAUGGCGCUUGGUUCUUGGACGAGCUUGGAGCCUUCAUGCUGGCGACAGACAUGGUGCUCUACGCGAUGCGCGAGACACUGCACGAUGCUGAAGGAUUCGAGACCCAUGUAGGACCCGUCCCGACCACAACAGAUCAUCCAACCGCAUGGCUCCAUGGGUAA